AUAGAGUCUGUGCACUCCGCGGCGGACUGAACGGCGCUGGAUACCGUCACGCUUUUCUCCGCUGACCGACUGCAAGGGUCGAGCUUUGGGGCUCUGGGUUACGCAUUCCGCCUGGGUCUUUCGAAAAGCGUCUUUACCGUCGCGGUCCGUUGCAGCGUUGAAGCCUGUGUGGAGCAGUCGCAAAGUGAAAAGCAACUUUACGCAUUCAGUUUCUCAAGAAUGGUUUUAUUGUUGGGCACGCGGAUAUAUCGCGUUUAAUGAGCUCUUUUAUGGAAUCUUAGAAGAACUACAGUCUAGAAACUCUUUCGCUUUCUUUUGGAGGCCAAAUGUGCAAUGAGAUGAGCGCAGAAGAAAAGUUUUGCGAUCAGAUUUCUGUGAGUUUGUGAGACUGUUAUCUUGGGAUGGUUGCAGCUGCUGUCUCUCGGUGGAGUAGCGAGAUCUCCACUUUGACUGGAAACAAAGAAAAUGUAACGACUUAAAGCAGCGCUCCUUCGCGUAAAACAGUGGAAACUUGCGGACAAUCAACCGGAAAGGGCUUGUGGAGUUGUAAAAAUGAAUCAUAUGGAAAACAAAGGAGGCUAUUCAACUGCUUCUUUGAGGAUUGCUUAAUGUGGAGAGCACAAAACCAUGAUACAUCGAUUUAUCUAAUGUUGCGUCGUGUCAAUAUUUUGACCAUGACUUAAAAGGAGCGCUGACCUGCGUCUCUGCUUGAUGGCUUUUGACGAAUAUUCGUCGUGUUUAGAUAUAAACAACAACAACGAAAGGCUUUCUGGGCUAUUUAUAUGCUAAUGUAACCCCCUCUUCUUGCCGUGUGAAUAUCAAGGAAGGCAGGAGUAAUGUCGGUGGGCGCCACUUGCGUCCUUUUACUGGCUUUUGUGCUGCUCAGGAGCUCUAGCUCUGCUGGAUCGACUGAAUGUAAAUCAUACGAUGAACGCUCCAGAAGUGCGGGGAAAAGCUCUCUGUCUGGGGCCACACUGGACAGAAAAGUGGUCUGCAGCAACAUGGAGCUCCAUCAGGUGCCUUCACCCGAAUCAUUUCCCAACAGAACAGUCUCACUGAUUUUGAGUAACAAUAAAAUCCAGGAACUUCUGAAUGGCUCUUUCAUUGGUUUGUCAUCACUGGAACGACUGGACAUAAAGAACAACAUAAUCACACAUAUUGAACCAGGAGCUUUUUAUGGACUUUUCACCCUCAAAAGACUAGACUUGUCCAAAAACCUGAUCGGCUGCCUCCAUGUGGACGUCUUUAAAGGCCUCUCAACCCUUGUUAAACUUAAUCUUUCAGAGAACAAGUUUUCUUCACUCUCUCAAGGGAUUUUCGACAGCCUUGGCUCUCUGAAAAUACUGGAGUUUGAUAGCCCUUAUCUUCUGUGCGACUGUAACCUGCGAUGGCUGGUGGUCUGGAUCAAAGAGAAGGCGAUCGGGGUGAAGGAGACUCGCUGCUCGUUCCCUCGCUCCCUACAGGGUCAGCUGAUAACCUCGCUCAGGCCCGAAACACUCACCUGUGACGCUCCUCUAGAGCUUCCCUCCUUCCAGAUGACUCCGUCCCAGCAUCAGAUCGUCUUCCAGGGAGACAGCCUGCCGUUUCAGUGCAUGGCCUCUUUCGUGGACGAGGACAUGCAGGUUCUGUGGUAUCAGGACGGGAAGAUGGUGGAACCUGAUGCCACUCAGGGCAUCUACAUAGAGAAAAGCAUGGUGCAGAAUUGCUCUUUAAUAGCCAGCGCCUUGACCAUUUCCAACAUCCAGCCGGGAUUCACGGGGAACUGGGAGUGUCGCGUGCGCACCAGUCGAGGAAACAACACUAGGACGGUCCACAUCGUGGUUCUGGAGAGCUCUGCCAAAUACUGCUUGCCAGAUCGGGUGUCAAACAACAAGGGGGACUACAGAUGGCCUCGGACACUGGCUGGCAUUACGGCGUACUUGCCCUGUAAACGGCAGGUGAGCGGAGCUGGCAUUUUCUCGGGCAGCUCGACGGAAGAUCGACGUGCGUGGAGGCGAUGUGGCCGCAGUGGACAGUGGGCAGAGGACGACUACUCGCGCUGUGAAUAUAUGAAAGACGUCACGCGUGUGCUUUAUAUCAUCAACCAGAUGCCUCUGAAUCUGACCAAUGCGGUUCAGACGGCGCAGCAGCUGUUGGCUUACACCGCAGAGGCGCCCAACUUCUCUGACAAGGUGGAUGUGAUCUUUGUAGCCGAGAUGAUCGAGAAGAUCGGCAAGUUUGCCGAGAAGUAUAAAGAGGCGAGUCAAAUCAAAUCAAGUCAUAUAGGAUGGCCUCGGACACUGGCUGGCAUUACGGCGUACUUGCCCUGUAAACGGCAGGUGAGCGGAGCUGGCAUUUUCUCGGGCAGCUCGACGGAAGAUCGACGUGCGUGGAGGCGAUGUGGCCGCAGUGGACAGUGGGCAGAGGACGACUACUCGCGCUGUGAAUAUAUGAAAGACGUCACGCGUGUGCUUUAUAUCAUCAACCAGAACUCUCACAACAUUGCUCUGGAGGCUCAUGCCAUCAAGGCCAGCAGCUUCAAUGGAAUGACCUGCACUCUGUUCCAGAAGCUCUCACCGGAGCGCACACCCGUGGCCCAUUUCUCUCCCAGAGACCCCGACAUCAACCCGGAGCGCCAGCUCAGCUUCAAAUGCAACGUGACCAGCAACCUGUCUGCACUGGCUCUCAAAAACACUAUCGUGGAGGCGUCUCUCCAGCUUCCCCCGUCUCUCUUCUCGUCUCUGGGAAGCUCAGGUCAGGCUGAUGAAGCCGUCUAUAAGCUACACCUGCUGGCCUUCCGCAACGGCAAACUCUUUCCUCCGACGGGCAACUCCACCCUCCUGAGCGAUGGCAGUAAGAGGAGGAGUGUGGUCACACCUGUGAUCCUCACAAAGAUCGAGGGCUUCCCGCUGAAGAACCUGCAGAGUCCAGUGAACGCGACCCUGCGGCGCUUCCUGCACGGCUCAGACGCUGUUCCUUCCUUCUGGAACUUCAGUCUGCUGGGUGGACAGGGCGGCUGGCAGAGCGACGGCUGCCGGAUCCUCCAUCAGGACGACAACUUCACCACAAUGUCCUGCCAUUCACUGAACAACUACGCUUUACUGAUGGAUCUGAACAGGACCGGGAACGACGCGUACAGCUUCGAACCUCUUCACCCUGUUAUCUACGCCACAGCCAUCGUCCUGCUGCUCUGCCUGCUG